AUGUCCGAUGAUCAACUCAAAGCACUUAUUUAUAAGAAUAAUCUCAAAAUUGAACAACAUUAAAAUAAAAUGAUGAUUAAACAUCCUUAAACUCCUUAAGUUCGUGAUUCUUAAUAAUUAGUAUUUAUACAUCUAAUCUUAGUCACUAUUAUUUACUAAAUCUAAUAAUAAAAGUAGCAGCAUAGAUAAGAGUUAUUUCAGCUGUGUUCCUACUAGAAAAUCUACUAAAUAAAGUUUUUUUGUUCCAAAAUCUAUAGCUACAUCUUAAUAUAUUGAUGCAUAGGCUUUUUAAGUUUAUCAACCAGAUGAUAUUCAAAAUACACACAUCCAAGAUUAUGUACAAUAGAUUUAGCAUUCUUAAAUUAACAAUAACGAUAAUACAGAUACUUCACCCAUAAAUUCUUCUAUUAUUAAUUAAUUGAAAAGGGAAAAAGAAAUUAUUACACAAUAACAUUAAUUAUUAAUAUCAUAAAUGUCAAGAGAAAUCGAAAGUAAUAAAAGAUAAUACUAGAAAUCUGAAUAAACAUUAUAACAGUAAAUAAUUCAAUUAUAAAAUGAAUUAAAUGCAUAUAAAUAAUACCAAACUAAAAGUUUAGAUUUAGAAGCAAAUCUAUAAUCAAUUAUUAUUGAAAACAAUGAACUCAAAACCAAAUUGUAAGAACAAAAUAAAUGGCUUUUUGAAUUAUAAGAAUAAUUUGAUUUAGUUCAUACUAAAAUGGUUGAUAUCAAACAAAAAAUUUAAGACACUAAGCAUUUCUCUAAUUAAUUAUCUUAAAUAACUUAGUACUUAUUGAAUAAAUAAACUCCCCCAUUAGACUUUUUAGUUUUCAUGAAUAAUCAAUCGAAAUAAUUAUAGUAUGAAUAAUAACAAGAAACAGAAUUUAGAAACAAAAAAUAAUAAAUUAAACUAUAACAUUUUUAAUCUAAUCCAUUUCCUAUAGCAAAAGAGUCUUUUGCUUAAAUUUAUUAAUUUUAGAUUGAAAAUUCAAUGGUACUCAAUUAAAUAGUCAAAGAUUUAAGAAAUAACGUUGAUCGCUACUCUCAAUAAUACAUCACUGAAGUUGGACUUCAUUUAAUAUGA